AUGGAGGCCUCUAAGCCAGGCCAUGAGCACGCUGAGGUUGUCGCCGAGAAGCAGGACCUGCAGGAAACAAGCGAGGCGAUCCAACUUGCUGAGGCCGUCACGACGACCAAGUACAGUCCGUGGACCGCCAGUAUGUUUCGCUUGUACGGGUGCUUGCUGAUCGCGUAUCUCUGCGGUUGCUUGAACGGGGCAUAUUUUCACAUGAAAACUGCCUCAUCCAGCACGGGUCUGGUCUUCGCCAUCUACAACAUCGGCUCUAUUCCGGCUGUCUUGCUCUCUGGCCCGGUCAAUGAUCUGUUCGGGCGUCGCAAGGGCAUGUUCACAGGAGCCGCCAUUAUCAUUGUCGGGACCUGCAUCCAGGCGCCGGCUGUCAGCCACGGAAUGUUCCUUGCUGGCCGUUUCAUUCUCGGCUUUGGCGUGAGCUUUUGCUGUGUCAGCGCGCCCUGCUAUGUCUCGGAAAUGGCGCAUCCCAUCUGGCGUGGAACCCUUACAGGUCUAUACAACUGCAUGUGGUAUGUUGGAUCCAUUAUCGCUAGUUGGAUUGUUUAUGGAUGUGAGAGCUACGACAACCCGUACUCAUUUCGCAUUCCAAUCUGGUGCCAGCUGGCGUCCUCCGUCAUUGUUGCGGUUGGCACGUGGUUCUUGCCCGAGUCUCCCCGAUGGCUCAUGGCGCAGGACCGAGUGGACGACGCAGUUCAAGUCCUAGCACGGUACCACGGCGAGGGUGAUGUCAACCACCCAAUUGUGACGCUUCAGGUCAAAGAGAUGCAGCAUCAGAUUGCCGUCACGGUCGACGACUCGAGCAAGAACUGGUGGGAAUACCGCGAGCUUUUCAAUUCGCACUCUGCUCGCCGUCGUCUAAUUUGCGUGAUCGGUAUGGCUUGCUUUGGUCAGCUCUCGGGCAACAGUCUCACAGGCUACUAUCUUCCGGAGAUGGCUAAAAAUGCAGGGGUUGAUUCUGUCAGCACCCAAUUGAUGCUCAAUGGCAUUUACCCUGUCAUUUGUUUAUUUGCCGCUGUCGCGGGUGCAAAUAUGACAGACCGUAUUGGUCGCCGACCGCUCAUGCUCUACUCGCUUCUGUUCUGCUCAGUUGCCUUUGCUAUCAUGAUUGGUACUUCGAAGAUGUCGAACGAUAACAAAAGCAAUUCCAACGCAGCCAAUGCUUCUCUCGCGUUCAUCUAUCUCUUCGGCAUUGUCUUCUCUUUCGGCUGGACUCCAUUGCAGAGCAUGUAUAUCGCAGAGACGCUGACUACCAAUACUCGCGCCAAGGGCACGGCCGUCGGGAACUUGAUGUCCAACAUCAGCAUGCGACCCAUGUCGGCAUCGAAAAGUGAGAUGCGAUGGCCGUCGACCGUCAAAAGCAAAAGCGACUUGAUUCUGGAUGCCGCCAUCCGAUCCGAGAAUCUCUUGCGAGAAUUAUCGUCUAAACUAUCGCAGACCCCUACUGCCCACAUCCCAUCUCAGACCUCUUCUCCUCACGCAGUCAUUUCACCAAGCACAGUGAGCAAUACUUACCACAGCGAAAUUCCCUCAGAUCAUAUCUCCAAUGCCACCUUGUCGGCUUUCCACGCAUCUACGACCGAAUCUAUAUUGUCGUGGCCGCAAUUUUCCGAGUUCCGGAAUCUAAUUAAAGACCGCGGCUUUUCUGUUUUCCAUCUGGAAAGUACCCGGGCGCCGCUGGUUCAGCAUCCAUCUGCGAUCCAGCCGUACAUGACAAAGUUUGAGGUCGAGAGAAUGGUGCGAAGCUUUGAGCGCAGCAUCAAUUUUUGGUAUCCUACCAUGACUCAAGCGACGCUGCGAGAGCUGCGAAUGCAGAUAUCCUCCGGUGUCUUUGAAGAGACAACACGGUCAUGUCUGGCCUUGCUAGUGAUGGCUUUAGGGUGUGCGGGUGAACUUGUGUCUUUAUUUUCGGAACUGGAGACCCUCAAAGUAGACUAUGGAGAGGCCUGGAACCAACAGCGGCUAAUGAGUGAGCUGUACUUUGAUAGCGCAUAUAAGAAGAUUCAUCUUGCGCAGGCUGAGUUUACGGCCGAUGCAGUACAGUGCCUGUUCUUUACCGGCUGGAGUGUCUUCGCCGGAUCUUUUGGUCUUGCUAUAUUCUUGAGAGGUCAGUGGUUUUGCGGUUACGCUUCUCGGACGUUCCACUCAUUCAGCUGCGACAGUGACUAUCUCGCCGAGCUCUCCGCACUCCCCCAAACCGGCAUUGCAGGUAUUGAGUCUUCCAUUCCCUUACCAGGCGAAUAUUGCACCCAGGAAUCUCAAAAUGACCAAGAGGAAUCUUCUUUGUACUUCCUUGCAUGCAUAUCCAUGCGGCGACUUCUAAAUCGUGUGCACGAUCUUCUCUACGCCAGGGACACGGGGGUUGGCUUCGACAACCACCAGUUUCCCUCUGUGGUCUCAGAAUUGGGCUACCAACUCGAGGAAUGGAAGGACUUACUGCCAUUCCCAUUCCAGUUUUCUGUCGAUCUAGAGCCAACACGCACACAAGAGGGUGCCUUUCUGCGCCAGCGUUACCUAACAUGCAAAAGCGUCAUUUAUAGACCAUAUCUCACGUGGGCGCUUUCGAACAGUGACUCUCGAGAUCAUUUCUCCCCGGUCGUUUAUGAGGGAUGUCGAACAUGUUUGGAAGCAUGCUGCAUGCAUGCGCUGAAUCUGCGAAGUAUGCAGCAUACGAUCAUGGUGGACACGUGGAUCUGCUCGCUCUCUAUGGCGUCAGUCAUACUCAUUAUGCUAGCUGCAUCCCGCGUCAGCGCCUUACGACGACUCAUGUCGUCUCGCAGCGUGGAGAUCGGGCCACAUGUGAACGGAUUACUGACCCAAUGGAUGCAUAUUCCUGGUCGAGGGACUUCGCCGAGUGUCAUGGAGAGUGUCAAGCUCAUCGGAAAUGCAUCAACCCUGCUAAGUCUAACUUGGAACGAUAAUGGGUUGGAGAAAUAA